CGCCAUCAGCUGCAAUCUCUUCUUACGUGAGGGACGUUUCUUAUUAAUCAGAAACGCGGAAUGGAAGCCAAUCAGAGAGUUCCUUUAGCUUCAGAUUCCUGCCUGAUUUAAAAGUGGUGCUGAAAGAGGCACAGUGAGAAGCAGGAAGAUUCAGCUAUGAAGACACUAUAAAAAGAGAGGAGGAACCAAACAGAACCAACAGCAGAACUCUCCCUGCUGAGUGAGGCUAAAUGCAGGUCCGCUACUAAACAAGGAGAAUCAGAAAAGACAUUCAUUCUCCUGAAGUUGAGGAUAAUGAGGACUUACCAUUGUCUUCCAUUGAUGAUCUGGACCUGCGUGUUGCAUACAGUGGACAACCUCCCUUUACAAGAGAAGGAUAACAGUCAUUUCCUGAGAAAGAGGAUAGUGAAUCUGACAAAAGAUGAUGGUAAAAUGCUCCAUCGUGCCAAACGUGGCUGGAUGUGGAAUCAGUUCUUCUUGUUAGAAGAGUACACAGGUACAGACACUCAGUACGUAGGAAAGCUACACACUGACCAAGAUAAAGGAGAUGGGAAUUUAAAAUACAUUUUGACCGGAGAUGGGGCUGGAAAUCUGUUCGUUAUAGAUGAAAAUACAGGAGAUAUUCAUGCUGCAAAGAAAUUAGACAGAGAAGAAAAAUCCCUGUACAUUCUUCGAGCCAAGGCUAUCGACAGAAAAACAGGACGACAGGUGGAACCAGAAUCUGAGUUUAUCAUUAAAAUCCAUGACAUCAAUGACAAUGAGCCAAAAUUCACAAAAGACUUAUACACUGCCAGUGUUCCCGAAAUGUCUGGCGUUGGUACAUCUGUCAUACAAGUGACUGCCACGGAUGCAGAUGAUGCUAACUAUGGGAACAGUGCCAAAGUGGUCUAUAGCAUAUUGCAGGGGCAGCCAUAUUUUUCAGUGGACCCAGAGUCAGGCAUAAUAAAAACUGCAUUGCCAGACAUGAGCAGAGAAAACCGGGAACAGUACCAGGUGGUUAUUCAGGCCAAAGACAUGGGAGGCCAGAUGGGAGGCCUGUCUGGUACAACUACAGUGAACAUCACUCUCACCGAUGUCAACAAUAACCCUCCUCGAUUUCCACAGAGUACAUAUCAAUUUAAUUCUCUGGAGUCUGCACCUCUUGGGACCCAUCUUGGAAGGAUUAAGGCCAAUGACCCUGACAUGGGUGAAAACGCUGAGCUGGAGUACAGCAUUGAGGAAGGAGAAGGAGCAGACAUGUUUGAUGUCAUCACUGACAAGGAUACACAGGAAGGGAUUAUAACUGUCAAACAGAAUUUGGAUUUUGAAAAAAAAAUGUUGUAUACUUUAAGAGUGGAUGCAAGUAAUACUCACCCUGAUCCUCGAUUCUUACACCUGGGACCUUUCAAAGACUCAGCCAUAUUGAAAAUAUCUGUGGAAGAUGUGGAUGAGCCUCCUGUGUUCAGUAAACUCUCUUAUUUGAUGGAAGUAGAUGAGGAUGUAAAGGAGGGCAGCAUCAUUGGACAAGUCACAGCAUAUGACCCAGAUGCCAUGAACAACUUAAUAAAAUACUCUAUCGACCGGCAUACUGAUAUGGACCGUGUUUUCAGUGUCCAUGCAGAAAAUGGCUCUAUUUUCACUCUGAAGUCAUUGGACCGGGAAUCAUCCCCAUGGCACAACAUCACCAUUACGGCCACAGAGAUAAAUAAUCCAAAACAAAGUAGCCAAAUUCCUGUGUUCAUCAGAAUUCUUGAUAUAAAUGAUCACGCUCCGGAAUUUGCCAUGUACUAUGAAACAUUUGUUUGUGAAAAUGCAAAAUCUGGACAGCUGAUUCAGACCAUCAGUGUAAUGGACAAAGAUGAUCCUCCCCGAGGCCACAAGUUCUUCUUUGAGCCAGUGCCUGAAUUUCCUCUCAAUCCAAACUUUACCAUUGUAGACAAUAAAGAUAAUACAGCAGGAAUCAUGACUCGAAAAGAUGGGUACAGCCGAACCAAAAUGAGUACAUACCUACUGCCAAUUUUAAUCUUUGACAAUGAUUAUCCUAUUCAAAGCAGCACUGGCACACUCACGAUCCGAGUGUGUGCAUGUGAUAAACAAGGAAAUAUGCAGUCCUGCAACGCAGAAGCCUUGAGGCUCUCAGCUGGCCUGAGCACAGGCGCACUGGUAGCGAUUCUGCUCUGUGUCCUCAUCCUGCUUAUUCUAGUCGUGCUGUUCGCUGCAUUGAAGAGACAACGGAAAAAGGAGCCUCUGAUAAUUUCAAAGGAUGAUGUGCGGGAUAAUAUUGUGACCUAUAAUGAUGAAGGUGGUGGAGAGGAAGACACCCAAGCUUUCGAUAUUGGCACAUUAAGGAACCCAGAAGCAAGAGAAGACAGUAAACUUAGACGAGACGUCAUGCCUGAAACUAUUUUUCAGAUAAGGAGGACUGUGCCCCUGUGGGAAAAUAUUGAUGUACAAGAUUUUAUCCACCGUAGAUUAAAAGAAAACGACUCAGAUCCAAGUGCACCUCCUUAUGACUCCCUGGCAACUUACGCCUAUGAAGGGAAUGAUUCUGUGGCAGAUUCGCUCAGUUCUUUAGAAUCUAUCACAGCUGAUUGUAACCAGGAUUACAACUACCUUAGUGACUGGGGUCCCCGGUUUAAAAAACUUGCCGAUAUGUAUGGGGGUGAUGACAGUGACCGUGACUAAGGGUACCUACCAUGCAAGUGAACAUUAGUUGAAAUACUGUCCUUGAUACUAGAUUGAGUGGCCUGUACUAUCCUUCUUGAAGGAAAUUUGUGAAAAAUCAAAACUACACACAAUGCAUAGGUGUUGUCUUAGAUAAGGUUUGCUUAAUCAGUAGGUUUCUGUGAAUGAAUAUGAAUGACAUAGAUUUUAAAACAGUAAUAAAUAACCAGUUCACCCUCUUUGCCUACUAAGCUUGGAAAGAAAUUAUAUCAUAUCAAUAAUCAAUAGCAUUUCUUAAAAGGCUUUUUGUGCCUUUUCUUAGUAUAGGAAAUUUAUAAAUGUUUUCUUAACUGACUUUCAGUCACAUUUACUAUUAAAUUAAACAUUGUGCAACUGCUUUGUAAAUUAAUAUGAAAGGAUAUAUACCUAACAGGAAUGACUAUUGCUGCCA